AAACAGCUUAUUUGUCGGAUAUUAUUUGGUCAGACUUGAAGGAUUCGGCGAACACCGUCAAAAACAUUAUGAUUUCAACGACUAUGAAAAUUUUGUUCACAUUUACUUUUGUGAAAACAGUUUCACCGGAUCAUAUGGGCCCCUGUGGACCAGGAGAAGAGCAGUAUUUUACUGGUAACUACCCAGCUGCAGGUUUUUGCCGGCCAUCUUCUGGAAGUUCUGGUUCAUCAUCGUGUUCCUGUUCUUGUCUAGGGACGAGUGGAACAUUUCAUGGAGAUUGGACCCCAUGUAGUGUGUCAUGUGGUCACGGCAUCCAAUCACGGCGAGGGAUUCGUUUUGACAGUUGCGGUAGCUCUCACAAUCUAAACCCGGAAACAAGACCCUGUAAUCAACAGCCAUGUCCAGUGAAUGGUGGUUGGAGUGCCUGGGGUCAGUUCACGCCUUGUGGUAAAUCCUGUGGAGGUGGGAUACAGGUCAGAUUCAGGUCAUGUGAUCACCCAUCCCCCUCCAAUGGUGGAUUAUCGUGUAUCGGCGAUUCUCUGCAGACAGCCUCAUGUAAUAGUCAACAAUGUCAAGUAAAUGGCGGCUGGGGCACUUGGGGUCAGUUCACGCCCUGUGGUAAAUCCUGUGGAGGUGGGAUACAGGUCAGAUUCAGGUCAUGUGAUCACCCACCCCCCUCCAAUGGUGGAUUGCCGUGUUAUGGAAACUCCCUGCAGACAGCAUCUUGUAACAACAAAGUUUGUCCACAACUGAUAACGCUCACUAAUCCGAUAUCAAUAGAAACGACAACUAGACCUCCAUCAGUAAAUCACAGAUCAUAUUUGAAUACGAAAUUAAAGAGGUAUUGUUAUUCAUAA